AUGCAGCCUCAUGGGCCCUUUGGCUUCCUCAAGACACUCAGCAAGAAGGCGUGGAUCAUAAUAGGCGGCGUGGCCGUCGUUGUGCUCAUCAUCGUCAUUGUCGUCCCCGUCGAGGAGGCCAAGGCCAACGCAUAUCCCGACUACACAGCACUGAACUACACACUGGCGGAUACCUACGAGGGCGAGGACUUUUUCAGCUUAUUCGAUUACUACACGGAUACAGAUCCUUCGGGUGGCACCGUGACAUAUGUGGACUCGGAGACGGCCAGCUCUCUGAACCUGACAUAUGCCUCCAGCUCAUCAGCCGUCCUCCGCGUCGACACAUCCGAUGCGGACGACAGCUCCUCGAGCGACUCGAGCAACCGCCGUGACACCACCACCGCCCGCAGCAGUGUGCGUGUGACGUCCAAGACGACGUACGACAAGGGCCUCUUCAUCUUCGACGUGAAGCACUCACCAGUAGGCUGCGGGACCUGGCCGGCGCUGUGGCUGACGGACCCCGACAACUGGCCGGCGCACGGGGAGAUCGACGCCAUGGAGGCGGUGAACAUGGGCACGACGGGCAACCAGAUGACGCUGCACACCAAGAGCAGCUGCGAGAUGGACCACAAGCGCGAGAUGAACGGCACGGCGCUGUACGACAACUGCUACUGGGACGCCAACGACGAGGCCGGGUGCGGCGUGCAGGCCGACACCGCCACCUUUGGCGCGGCGUACAACGACAACGGGGGCGGCGUCACCGCCGUCGAGUGGCGCAGCGAGGGCAUCCGCGUCUGGCAGUUUGCCCGGGGCAGCAUCCCGAGCGACAUCGACGCCGGCAGCCCCGACCCGAGCACCUGGGGCACGGCGACGGCCGAUUUCCCCGACACUGGGUGUGACAUUGACACGCACUUCCAGAACCAGUCCAUCAUUAUCAAUAUCGACUUUUGUGGUAGCUGGGCUGGCGGCGACGACUAUACUUCGGCUGGAUGCCCGAGCAACUGUACGGAUUUCGUGGCAAACAACCCAUCCAACUUUACGGACGCAUAUUGGGAGUUUGGAUCCUUCCAAGUGUACCAGUCUUCCUAA